AUGGAGCGGCUCAUCCUCACCCAUCUCCGCUCUGUGGUCAGCCCCACCCUGGACCCGCUGCAGUUCGCCUACAGACCCAACAUCGGAGUAGAGGACGCCGUCAUCUACUUCCUGCAGCGGACGCUCUCCCACCUGGAGCCUGCAGGGGGCGCUGAGGAGGUGAGGGACAGGAGGCCCCUGGACUCUGUGGAGGAGGUGAGGGACAGGAGGCCCCUGGACUCUGUGGAGGAGGUGAGGGACAGGAGGCCCCUGGACUCUGUGGAGGAGGUGAGGGACAGGAGGCCCCUGGACUCUGUGGAGGAGGUGAGGGACAGGAGGCCCCUGGACUCUGUGGAGGAGGUGAGGGACAGGAGGCCCCUGGACUCUGUGGAGGAGGUGAGGGACAGGAGGCCCCUGGACUCUGUGGAGGAGGUGAGGGACAGGAGGCCCCUGGACUCUGUGGAGGAGGUGAGGGACAGGAGGCCCCUGGACUCUGUGGAGGAGGUGAGGGACAGGAGGCCCCUGGACUCUGUGGAGGAGGUGAGGGACAGGAGGCCCCUGGACUCUGUGGAGGAGGUGAGGGACAGGAGGCCCCUGGACUCUGUGGAGGAGGUGAGGGACAGGAGGCCCCUGGACUCUGUAGAGGAGGUGAGGGACAGGAGGCCCCUGGACUCUGUGGAGGAGGUGAGGGACAGGAGGCCCCUGGACUCUGUGGAGGAGGUGAGGGACAGGAGGCCCCUGGACUCUGUGGAGGAGGUGAGGGACAGGAGGCCCCUGGACUCUGUGGAGAAGGUGAGGGACAGGAGGCCCCUGGACUCUGUGGAGGAGGUGAGGGACAGGAGGCCCCUGGACUCUGUGGAGGAGGUGAGGGACAGGAGGCCCCUGGACUCUGUGGAGGAGGUGAGGGACAGGAGGCCCCUGGACUCUGUGGAGGAGGUGAGGGACAGGAGGCCCCUGGACUCUGUGGAGGAGGUGAGGGACAGGAGGCCCCUGGACUCUGUGGAGGAGGUGAGGGACAGGAGGCCCCUGGACUCUGUGGAGGAGGUGAGGGACAGGAGGCCCCUGGACUCUGUGGAGGAGGUGAGGGACAGGAGGCCCCUGGACUCUGUGGAGAAGGUGAGGGACAGGAGGCCCCUGGACUCUGUGGAGGAGGUGAGGGACAGGAGGCCCCUGGACUCUGUGGAGGAGGUGAGGGACAGGAGGCCCCUGGACUCUGUGGAGAAGGUGAGGGACAGGAGGCCCCUGGACUCUGUGGAGGAGGUGAGGGACAGGAGGCCCCUGGACUCUGUGGAGGAGGUGAGGGACAGGAGGCCCCUGGACUCUGUAGAGGAGGUGAGGGACAGGAGGCCCCUGGACUCUGUGGAGGAGGUGAGGGACAGGAGGCCCCUGGACUCUGUGGAGGAGGUGAGGGACAGGAGGCCCCUGGACUCUGUGGAGGAGGUGAGGGACAGGAGGCCCCUGGACUCUGUGGAGGAGGUGAGGGACAGGAGGCCCCUGGACUCUGUGGAGGAGGUGAGGGACAGGAGGCCCCUGGACUCUGUAGAGGAGGUGAGGGACAGGAGGCCCCUGGACUCUGUGGAGGAGGUGAGGGACAGGAGGCCCCUGGACUCUGUAGAGGAGGUGAGGGACAGGAGGCCCCUGGACUCUGUGGAGGAGGUGAGGGACAGGAGGCCCCUGGACUCUGUGGAGGAGGUGAGGGACAGGAGGCCCCUGGACUCUGUGGAGGAGGUGAGGGACAGGAGGCCCCUGGACUCUGUGGAGGAGGUGAGGGACAGGAGGCCCCUGGACUCUGUAGAGGAGGUGAGGGACAGGAGGCCCCUGGACUCUGUGGAGGAGCGCUGCAACGACCACCAGGGGGCAGCACUGAGCUCCGGGUGA